CGCCCUCCAGACCCGCAGCCCCUCCCAGCACUCGACCAUGGGUCAAUGGACACAGUAUGACGAGGAUGACUAUCGUCUCCCCGAAGGCAUGAAGAGGGUCGGCUAUGAUGCCGACACUCAAACGUACUAUUACCGAGACCAAAGCGGUACUUUAUAUCAGGGGCCGGAGGGAGCGCAGUAUGGCGAAUUGCGCCCAGUUUCCGAUGCGCCCGCGCCGCUUGCUGGUACGCUGGGGGAGGACCUCGAAGCGGCGCCGACCCAGCGGGAUGGCUUUGCUCCGCUGCCUACAGACGAGAACUCGCGGCACUAUCGAGUCUCCUCGCCCUACAGAACACUCUUCCCCUUCUUCCUCAUCAUAGCAACCUUCCUUCUCCUCGUAUGGCGCAUCAUCCUCGUCCCAUCCUCAAACCCUCCGCCCCCGCCGUGCGCGCAGGGCACUCAAGCAUAUUAUAUCAGUAACGGCGACACAUGCUGGAAGAUAUCUCGAAUCCAUGGCAUCAAGGUUCAAGAUCUCCUCGACGCAAACCCCACUAUUGAAUGUCAGCGGCUCUCAGUCGGCACCAGAGUUUGCAUCCCACCCAAGGUGGCAAACACAGUACGAAGGGGUUCAAGGGUAUCGCCAAGGCGAAAUCGCUGAGAGGCAUGACAUAUCAUCGUGGUCUCAGGCUUUUUUCACGAUAAACUUCACAGACUUUAGUUACGGAUUUGGAUCAUCGUCGACCUGAGCAGUUUCUGUACUAUAGCACUGGACAUGUAUAUAUAUGCCUCCG